UGGUCAGCGUUGGUCUGUACACUUCUUCCCGAGAGUACAGUGGAGACACUUGUUGGAGCUCUCUGCCCCUCGCUCAUCCUUAGGCUUUUAUUCUCCAGCAACCGUUGGAAUCCUAUUUUAACAUGUGUAUUUUAGUCCUUCGUAAUGGAUCAUCCUUGGCUGGUAUUCGUGGACUCCUGGAGAGUAAAGUACAAAAUCUUUUGCAAAGACAAAGUUCUUUAAACUUCAAAGAGUCUAGGGGAUUUUUAGAACCAGACAAGCUACUCCAAACCGGGGAAAAUUUUAAAAGUAUUGUAAGAUUUAUUAGUCCUGAACGCAUACUGAAAGACGGGAAUAUUUCAGAGCAUUGCCUACAGACGCAAAUUGAUGAGGUUGAGAAUGGUCGUCUCACGACAAAGAAUGACUUGAAUAAAAUUAAUCCUGCAGAUAAUUGCUCCAAAUAUAAAGCGUGUUCUUCAAGCUCUUGUGUUUGUACAGAUAAUUUACCAGAUCACAAAGAUGGUGACCUCGAGGAUAUAAGUGGCCAGGAGAGACGAUACGAGUGCCAGAGUGAGCCAGUACUUGACAAAACUGGGAAAAACGGUGACCAGGUUUGGCAAGAUGCAGAGUCGUCUCGGAACGACGCGUCUAGGUGUUGGCUGGAGUCCGUUUCGGGCCUCGACCCUGACGACUGGCAUGAUGAUGACGAAGACGCGUACGGUGAAGUUGAAGUGCGUGAUAGUUUGGUUCCUGGACAGAACACGAGCAUAAAUGUGCUGUUACAUACCGGGGCCACUGGACGCCGUGCUGUGAACAGUCCUGGGGCCGCCGGGGGCGGUGCCGGGGGCGGUGCCGGGAGCGGUGCUGGAGGCGGUGCCGGGGGCGGUGCUGGAGGCGGUGCCGGGAGCGGUGCUGGAGGCGGUGCCGGGAGCGGUGCUGGAGGCGGUGCCGGGAGCGGUGCUGGAGGCGGUGCCGGGAGCGGUGCCGGGAGCGGUGCUGGAGGCGGUGCCGGGAGCGGUGCUGGAGGCGGUGCCGGGGGCGGUGCCGGGGGCGGUGCCGGGGGCGGUGCCGGGGGCGGUGCCGGGAGCGGUGCCGGGGGCGGUGCCGGGAGCGGUGCCGGGGGCGGUGCCGGGAGCGGUGCCGGGAGCGGUGCUGGAGGCGGUGCCGGGGGCGGUGCUGGAGGCGGUGCCGGGAGCGGUGCUGGAGGCGGUGCCGGGAGCGGUGCUGGAGGCGGUGCCGGGAGCGGUGCUGGAGGCGGUGCCGGGAGCGGUGCUGGAGGCGGUGCCGGGAGCGGUGCUGGUGCCGGGGGCGGUGCCGGGGCCGCGGACGCCGCCUGGCCUCUCCCUGGGGCCGGGGACGCCGCCGGGCCUGUGGUAGAGAACGGGGACGCCGCCGGGCCUGUGGUAGAGAACGGGGACGCCGCCGGGCCUGUGGUAGAGAACGGGGACGCCGCCGGGCCUCUCCCUGGGGACGCCGCCGGGCCUGUGGUAGAGAACGGGGACGCCGCCGGGCCUGUGGUAGAGAACGGGGACGCCGCCUGGCCUCUCCCUGGGGACGCCGCCGGGCCUCUCCCUGGGGCCGGGGACGCCGCUGGGCCUCUCCCUGGGGCCGGGGACGCCGCUGGGCCUCUCCCUGGGGCCGGGGACGCCGCUGGGCCUCUGGUAGAGAACGGGGACGCCGCCUGGCCUCUCCCUUGGGACGCCGCCUGGCCUCUCCCUUGGGACGCCUGGCCUCUCCCUGGGGCCGGGGACGCCGCCGGGCUUGUGGUAGAGAACGGGGACGCCGCCUGGCCUGUGGUAGAGAACGGGGACGCCGCCGGGCUUGUGGUAGAGAACGGGGACGCCGCCUGGCCUGUGGUAGAGAACGGGGACGCCGCCUGGCCUCUCCCUGGGGACGCCGCCUGGCCUCUCCCUGGGGACGCCGCCUGGCCUCUCCCUGGGGACGCCGCCUGGCCUCUCCCUGGGGACGCCGCCUGGCCUCUCCCUGGGGACGCCGCCUGGCCUCUCCCUGGGGACGCCGCCUGGCCUGUGGUAGAGAACGGGGACGCCGCCGGGCCUGUGGUAGAGAACGGGGACGCCGCCGGGCCUGUGGUAGAGAAUGGGGACGCCGCCGGGCCUGUGGUAGAGAAUGGGGACGCCGCCGGGCCUGUGGUAGAGAACGGGGACGCCGCCGGGCCUGUGGUAGAGAACGGGGACGCCGCCGGGCCUCUCCCUGGGGACGCCGCCGGGCCUCUCCCUGGGGACGCCGCCGGGCCUGUGGUAGAGAAUGGGGACGCCGCCGGGCCUGUGGUAGAGAACGGGGACGCCGCCGGGCCUGUGGUAGAGAACGGGGACGCCGCCGGGCCUGUGGUAGAGAACGGGGACGCCGCCUGGCCUGUGGUAGAGAACGGGGACGCCGCCUGGCCUGUGGUAGAGAACGGGGACGCCGCCGGGCCGGUGGUAGAGAACGGGGACGCCGCCGGGCCUCUCCCUGGGGACGCCGCCGGGCCUGUGGUAGAGAACGGGGACGCCGCCUGGCCUCUCCCUGGGGACGCCGCCGGGCCUCUCCCUGGGGCCGGGGACGCCGCUGGGCCUGUGGUAGAGAACGGGGACGCCGCCUGGCCUCUCCCUUGGGACGCCGCCUGGCCUCUAGAGAACGGGGCCGCCGCCUGGCCUCUCCCUGGGGCCGGGGACGCCGCCUGGCCUGUGGUAGAGAACGGGGACGCCGCCUGGCCUGUGGUAGAGAACGGGGACGCCGCCUGGCCUGUGGUAGAGAACGGGGACGCCGCCUGGCCUGUGGUAGAGAACGGGGACGCCGCCGGGGCUCUCCCUUUGGACGCCGCCGGGCCUAGAGAACGGGGACGCCGCCGGGCCUGUGGUAGAGAACGGGGACGCCGCCUGGCCUCUCCCUGGGGACGGGGACGCCGCCGGGCUUCUCCUUGGGGACGGGGACGGGGACGCAACAGAGCCUAUAAAUGGGGACGCCAGUUGGUCUGCGGACGGGGACGCCGCUGGGCCUGGGGACGCCGGUUGGUCUGUGGACGGGGCCUCCGGUUGGUCUGUGGACGGGGCCUCCGGUUGGUCUGUGGCCGGGGCCUCCGGUUGGUCUGUGGCCGGGGACGCUGCCGGUCCUGAGGUGAGAGAUCGGUGCCCCUGGAUUCCCCCGCCCACAAGAACUCCGAAUGUUUCUCCCGCUAGCAGCGUGUGGAGCGGUUCCUCUGGGUCCUAUAUACCUCGACAAAUAAUUGAUUUAGUAAUUCAAGGACUGACUAGACUACCUUCAACUAGUAGCGGAAGUUCCUUCAAUGCAGCGGCUACACCACAGGAGCGAUUAACGGAUGAGACUCUACCUUCGCAAGCCGGUGACUCUUUGCCCAUUCAGCAAAGUGGUUUGCACGCACGCCUCAUCAUCUUGACGCUGUUGAUCAUCGCAACAGCGGUCCUAUUGCACACUGUUCAACAAGAAUAUUUAGACUUUCAAGAUGAAAAUUCCGACUACUCUAGUAUGGAUGAAGAUUCAGACUCUGCUAGUUUAAAUGAAUUCGAUAACUCUCGUGGCCACAGCCCGACACAAUGAAGUAGAUGCUAGAUGGAAUAAACACAUCUUACUGCGGCUAAAGCAAGUUUUUAAACUGGUGCGAGAGAAAGUUCUUUAUUUCGCCUGAGCCAUAAAUUACCAAACUA